AUGCGUGUGUUAAAAUGGACUCCCCAAUUCAAGACUAAGCAAGAAUCAUCCAUCGUCCCGGUCUGGAUCGCCUUCGAAGGUUUUCCACUACAUCGGUUUAAUGCAGGGUACUUGAGCGAAUUGGCAAGUAUAGUUGGUACGCCACAGAAAAUUGACGUCCCGACACUAAAUCUAUCAAGGCCCUCAAUUGCUAGGGUUCGCGUCGAGGUCAAUUUAUUACAAGAUUUGCCGCGAAGAGUUCUUCUUGGCACGAAAGAUUAUUCAUACUACCAAGAAAUUACUUAUGAGAAUCUGCCGGAGUAUUGUUCUGAAGGUAAGAACGUUGGCCACGGUGUCAAAGAUUGUUGUCGUGGUAAACCAAAGGCACAGCCGAACCAAGUCACAAAGGUUUCCUUGAAGAUGCUGGAAAAGGUUAAAAUUCAGCCUCCAGUAAACCAAACAAACUGGAAACAGAAGCCUCAUGUCAAUGGAGAGAAUGAUAAUCAAGCGAUGUCGGCUUCCAAUGCUUCUUCAUCUGGACUGUCAACGGAGGAGAAGCAUGAAACCCCAAUUGAUAUUGUAGACAACAGAAAUGGUGAUGGUGAUCAGGAUAUUGGUAACCUUCAUACUGGAGACAACGUCGAUGAUGUUUGCGUCAAAGAGACGGUGAUAACUGAAGUUGAAUCAGACUCUGAUAUAGAGGGGAUUACUACUGAAUCAGCUAUUUUGACAACUACGGAUGGAGCUCGCGCAAAGGAUGAUACUGUGAUUGUGAACACUUCCAGCUUGGGAGAUUACAAAAACAUCCGGCUUGUGGUAUCAGAUGAAGAAGAUCAUGGGUAA